UUUUACGCUUUUACUAUGACCAUUGUAGACACAUAGAAUGAUCAUUUAAUACACGAUCAAGGACAUGGCUGGAAAAAAAAACCCAGCAAACUUCCCCACGCAACCGUCAAAUGCAGUAGGCUUUGAUUGAUUGAAUGUCACGUCGCGAAGAGUACACGCUGUAAAAAAGUACACACACACACACAGAACAAAAUCUAAACAUGCCGCGUCGUGAUACACGUGCAAGAACGGUUCCACCGUCCCGUAAAACUACCGAUACCAAAUCCCAUCAUGGUGGUACUGGCAAAAGUGCCAGUCCACCGUCCAGCGGCAGCAGCGCUGCCGAACCAACGAAACCGGCCCCGUCGGCCAUACCAGCAACACCCGCGGCACCAGGAUUAUUCUCCCAAAUGGCAGCAACGGCCGGCGGAGUUGCGCUAGGAUCUGUGUUGGGCCGUGCACUGGGAGGGCUGUUUGAACGAACGGAGCCGAAGGAUCCGCAAAGUGCGGAUGCACUAGAAAAGGAAAAACAAUCCGCCGUGGAGCAGGGGGCUGCUGUUACGGAGAAGAGUGCACCCCCGGACGUAUGCAACUUGGAGAUUAAGCAAUUUCUUACGUGCGUCGACAGGGAGGCGGAUGUAAAAAUUUGCGAAGGUUUCAAGGAAGCGAUGCAGCAGUGCAAAAAUCGAGCUUCGACGAAAAACUUUACUUAUUAGUCUUUGCUCAUAGAGGAUAAAAAUGAUUGACAAUAGAUAUGAGGAGAAUUUUAAAUCUGUGAAUAUGUGCAGAGUAGAAUCAAAACAAUUACAGUAAAAAAAAAUCACUAAAUAAUGGAUUUAAAAUUCAA